AUUUGAGAGUUUGAUAGUGUCGCUGAUUUUGGGGCAGCCGUGUGUCCUCCAAUGACUGCCCUACCUGAUGUGCGACGCAGAUAAGUUAAAGGACGGCGGAUACGACUUUCGUCCGGAGAACGCGGUUGAGCUGGCGGCCGUUUGGAAUUCAGAGGACUCAGGGGCGCCGGAGGUGGCUCGUACGAGCCACAAAAAGAGGUAUUCGAAGAAGGUCCUGGCAAGUUUGUCGCUGGCGGGGGCGUUGAUUUUUCUAGUGACGGCGUUCAUGAUUACGAGUUUCGCACUACCGUACCACAAGGACACGGUGGUUGUUUUGGUGUCGAUAGACGGGUUUCGGUGGGACUUCUUGAGCAAUCCGCUCUACGUCCAUCCCAGCCUGGACAGGAUAUGCAGGGACGGGAUCGCGAGGGUGCUUCCACCUCUGUUUCCGCCUGAGACGUGGCCGAACUUGGUGUCGGCUGUGACGGGCUUGUACCCGGAGGCGCACGGCGUCGUGGGGAACACGUUUUACGAUUCAAAGACAAAGGAAUUUUGGUCUUUUGUCGAAAACAAAGAAAAAUUUUGGUACGACGGAGAGUUUUUUUGGGACUUGGUCGCCCGUCACAAUAGAGUCUCGGCGUGCUGCGGCUGGCCGGGAUGCGACGCCAGCUACGAGGAGUCGACUCGCCUCUUGAAGUGCGAGUCCUCCUCGCUGGAGGGCGACCAGGUCAAGCAGGUACUCAACUGGCUGGACAUGUCUGCCCUGGACCGCCCUGAGUUCAUCGCCGUCAGCUUCGGGUCGCUCGAGGAGAUAGGCCGCGUGUUCGGCGAAGAAAACGACCUGUUGAAGAGGGCUGUGAGGUCUCUCGAUGCUCACCUCGGCGAUUUGUAUGAAGGAAUUCGAGAAAGAAGUCUACGGUACAACAUUCACUUGAUGAUUGUGAGCAGUCACGGCUUCGAGGUGACUUCGAACUGGAUUUACCUCGACCUCGAGUUGGACCUCUCGCUCUACGAAAUUCCGGAGCUCCAGAGAAACGGGUCGGCCUCGAAGCUCGCCGUGUGGCCGAAGACUGAAGAGGCCAUGAACAAAGUUCGAUUACUGAAAAUUGAGCACGUGCGCAUCGAACUCUCUUUCGAAAAGUGGCACUAUCGCACUUCUCGCAGAAUUUCUCCCGUGUACUUGGUUGCUGACACGGGAUACGUCUUCACCGUCAGUAAUUGGAGACACCAGGAAAAAAACCUCGCGCAAAGUCACGGGUGGGACAUCGAAUCUAAAAAUAUGCAAGGUGUUUUAAUAGCCACUGGACCCGCUUUCAAAAAGAUGAAGAUAGAAAAAGCGUCAGUAUUGGAUAUCUACCAAAUAAUCGCCUCUAUCUUGGAGAUCCCAUUAGAAGAGCAAAAAAGCGCUAGACUAAGAAUAAAGUAAUUGUGUUUUGCAAGACCCGUUAUGACAUCACACACA